AUGGAUGGGAGCCUGACUAUCUCAAAGGAUUUUACGAGCGAAUUAAAGCAUGGUCUUCAUCAAGACAUGGGCGCGAUGGGGAAAAAACGGAAGGCAAGCGAAAAAGAAGAGGUAGUUCAAGGCAUUCGGAUAGCUACCGCAGACGCUCAAGAAGAUAUCCAGACGAACGAAGUCCAAGUAGAGGAAGAAGUCCGAAUAAAUACAAAGGAAAUCUUGAAAAGAGAAGGCACCAAUAUCGGUCAUCGAGUCGUAGUCACAGUCGUGGUAGAUCUUCUAGCGGAAGUCGUGGCCGAGGUCGUAGCCAUAGUAACAGUCGUAGCCGAAGCCGUAGCCACAGCAGAUCUUCCAGGGGAAGUCGCAGCCGAAGCCACAGCCGUAGCCGCAGUAACAGCAGCCGUAGCCGUAGCCGUAGCCGUAGCAGUCGUAGUCGCAGUCGUAGUCUUAGUCGCAGUCGAAGCCAUAGUCGCAGUCGUAGCCGUAGCCGUAGUCAGAGCCGUAGCAGAAGUCAUAGCCGUAGUCGAGCGGGCAGGUCCUACUCAAGUAGACGCUCAGUGUCUCCAGUGGGAUUCAGGAAACUUCAACCACAUUCGGAUUCUAAAAGAUUCAAUCGUCAUUCACCCCCACCGUUCCACGGUUCGAUGGAAAAGAAAGCAAGUGAGGGGUGGGGGGUACCACAUCGAUUCCAACCUGCAGAAGAAAAGCCAGUUUGGAAAAAUCACGGAUCUGAUCGGGAUGGGCGACACAAGCAAACUAUCUGCCAAAAUUGCUUCCAGGCUGGUCACUCGGCAAGAGAAUGUAAAGGCGGUGGGUCUUCUUUCUAUCCUGCCCGUUAAAGAGCAAUCAACUAUCGUGCUCAGUCAUACUUUAUUUCAAAGGACCAAAGGUCUCUAGCACAAUAAACAUCAUUAUCCUUCCCUCC